UGUUGUUUCUGACUUCCUGUCUCAGUAUGCUACGACACACGUAAUCGGUUUGCGGCAGUGGCUGAAGAGCUGUGGAAAGGAAGUGAACGAUUUCUUUAUUAGUGAAUUGUGUUUGCUUGUUGAGUUGUUUCUCCAUGAGUUUAAACUCUUCAUAACCAGAUAUUACACAGCGUUUUAACGAGGCAGCCCUGGGCUCAUUUCCCACAGAAAAACUCCGGAGUAGCGGCAUUUUCUGACUGCGAGUAGCGGUAACCGGGUUCGAGCAACCCCGAGCACAAUGCUGCUCACAGUGUUUUGUGCACCGAGAGACCGCUCGGAAACCACUUUCGCCUUGGAAGUGUCCCCGGAGCUUGAACUCAGGGAUUUUGUGGCUCUUUGCGAACUAGAAUCAGGAAUACCAGCCAGGGAAAUUCAGAUCUCAUAUGCAGAGCAGCCUUUACAAGAUCCCACCCGAGCCCUGGGGAACUAUGGGCUGAAGGAUGGAGAUGUGGUAGUGUUACGACAAGCAGAGAGGUUACUAGGGCCACAACCCACAGUUCCUGGUCUGCCUCGCAUCGAUUUCAGUUCCAUUGCGGUUCCUGGGACCUCCUCAGGCCAAAACAGACAGCACCAAGCCCAGCGUCCCAGUGCCACCCAGUCACGGCCGCCCCCUGCCACCACCACACCAGGCUCAGCCCUUUCUCCUCAGGGAUUGGACAACCCCGCCUUGCUACGUGACAUGUUGCUGGCAAAUCCACAUGAGCUGUCAUUGCUUAAGGAGCGAAACCCUCCCCUUGCUGAGGCUCUACUGAGUGGAGACCUUGAGCGCUUCACCAAGGUGCUAUUGGAGCAGCAGCAGGACCGAGCCCGAAGAGAGCAGGAGAGAAUCAAACUGCUGACUGCAGAUCCUUUUGACUUGGAAGCUCAGGCCAAAAUUGAGGAAGAAAUCAGACAACACAACAUUGAGGAGAAUAUGACCAUUGCUAUGGAAGAAGCACCUGAGAGUUUUGGCCAGGUGGUCAUGCUCUACAUCAACUGCAAUGUCAAUGGACACCCAGUAAAGGCCUUUGUUGACUCAGGAGCUCAGAUGACAAUUAUGAGCCAAGCAUGUGCUGAGCGAUGUAAUAUCAUGCGUCUAGUGGACAGACGCUGGGCAGGCAUUGCCAAAGGUGUUGGCACCCAGAAAAUUAUAGGCCGAGUCCAUUUGGCCCAGGUACAGAUAGAAGGAGAUUUCCUGCCUUGCUCUUUCUCCAUUUUGGAAGAUCAGCCCAUGGAUAUGCUGCUUGGCCUUGACAUGCUGAAGAGACACCAGUGCUCCAUAGACCUAAAGAAAAAUGUCCUCCUCAUUGGGACAACGGGUACAGAGACACGUUUUCUACCUGAGGCAGAGCUGCCUGAGUGUGCCCGGCUGGCAUAUGGGCCAGAGGGACGAGAGGAUACCCGGCCUGAGGAGAUUGCAGAUCGAGAACUGGCAGAGGCAAUACAAAGAUCUGUGCAGGACAGCGAUAUUGAAGAUGGAAAAACUACCUCACCACAAUCCCUGCCAUUUAAACCCCUCGAACAAACCACAACAACUUCAGCCUCAAGUCAACCCCACAGUCUCACCCUAGACCGUUCUAAGUCUGCCCCAGCCUCAAUAAACCAAGGAGUGUCCCCAAUUGAAAUUCCCGCAUCGAUUGAAUCCUCUCUACUUCAACCCUUGAAAGUGGGUGAACCCUCUCCAGAUCCAUCUGAUGACACCUUUAGAUCUCAGUCCCAAGGACUGGCAGAUCCGACACCGGCUUGCUUGCAAACAGAUGCAGAUGCUCCUAUCCCAAGCGCUCUUCCCUCUCAGGAACCAUUCUCUAGUGCUGUGCCCGAGGACCAUGAAGUGACAGGCAACAUUGUUUCAGGAGAUUCCGGCAGUCCGAUAGAUGUGGAUUUGGGGAAGAAUAUCACUUCCUCUGGGACUGUAGCAGCAGAAUCUCCCUCUAUUCUUUUUAACCCAAGGUCUCAGACUCAAACGCUGGAUCAGGAAGUGGACAUGGACGUUUCUUCCAAUGCAAAACCAGAAGCUGGCCAUGACUUUUCUGAUCAGUCCCAGAGAGACCAAGGUAGUAUGAUGGAGGAUGUUUCAGGGGCUCAGCCACAACUCAUGCCUGUUCCAGAAUUUAACCUUGAACCCUGUCAUGCUGAGCCAGCCUUUUCUUCUGUCCAUUCAGACUCUGUGAGUGUAAUACCCUGUGAAACAGAACAGCCAGAGACGGAGAACAUCCCUUCCUUGGCUCAAGCCCUUAAGGAGCUCCAUAAACUUCUGAUGUCCAACACUUGUCCAACAGUUUCUGGAAGGAUUCCUCUAUCUGAUGCUAAUGAUACUACACCAACACAAGAUGUUGUUGAGGUGGACCAGGAUCCUGCUGCAACAAACCAUGUCACUCUGAACCCAACUAUUGACUCAUCCUCUAAUACUGCCACAGCUAAUGACAUGGAAGAAAGUGUUGCCAAAGCUGACUUUACUUCUCAAUCAGUGGGGUUUUUUCCAGAUGUACCAACACCAAGCAAUCCAGGGCACACAGAGAACCAACCUUCUAGACAGGUAAAUCCCAUAGUGAAACAAACGAAUGAGUGCCCUUAUGCGGCUGAAGAAAAUCGGGCCAUUGUUAUUGAAGAAGGUUCUGGGCCGGUGACUUCUUCCCAAGGAGAUCUUGAGUUCCCUGAGGGUCAGCAAGGGCAGGACAUUGUGGACAAAAACACCUCAGGCAUUGACAUCUCUGCUGACCUGUUUCAGCAGCGCCCGCUUUCUGUAGCAGCUGGUUCAUCAACCAAUUCCAGCCUAGGGCCUGUUGCAUCUCCUCAAACUGAAACCACUGAGACGGAUCCUUUUUCCCUUGGAGACUCCAUUCAACCUGCACCACAGCCCUCGAUGGGACAGUUUCCACUAGAGCACAUUCAGAGGAUCCAGGCAUCAGGGUUUUCAGCCCUUGAGGCUGCUGAGGCACUGGAACAGGCUCAAGGCAGCGUGGAGCUUGCCUUAUUGGUGCUGCUUGCAAGAAAGAUCACUGUGCCCUCAUAGACUCAGAAUCUACUCUUAUUGGUGGCAUCAGUUAACAUAUGAGCCUUUUUUUUCAUCCUGUGGUUUUACUUUAGCAGUCCUUGUGGUUUUGUACUGUGGUUGUGUCUUCUUCUGGCUCUUCUACUUUGCCAACAUACAUAAUAUUUAAAAAAUAGAUUUUUGAGAAGCUGGCCAGAUUUCCCUUUCAACAGAACGAUGAUGUCUGUGCAGUCUUUUUUUUUUUUUAAGUUUUGCAUGUUGCCUCAAUAGUUCAUAAUGGAUUGUUGAUUUUAUUGGUUUGGUUUGAAUAAAUUUGAUAAACUGUCAGACAUUUUACAGGAUUAUAAAUAAUUACAGGUGGUGGGGCUCAGUAAUAAAAUUCUUCUUGUGGCAGAAAUAGACCUGUUUCCAAACUUCCAACAACUGCAUGAUUUUACAUCUCAAAAUUUAUUUAAAUGCCUGAUGUUUACGUAUCUUAAACCGAAACUUCUGAAGCAUCUUACUAAAUUUAUUUUGUAUAAAUGUGGUAAUAGGAGCAGAUAGUAAACUGGUAAAGCACCCAUUUCAGAGUACUUUUUCCUAUUUGAAUUGGCAAUAAUGUUCAAGCUGAGGUCAUUUUCUCUUUAAUUAUUAUUUUAUUUGAUAGUUGCCAAUCCUGUAUAACUUGACAUGUUUUCAAUAGGUUGCCUUUGGAAAUUAUUAAAGAAUAGACUUACCAUUACCUUUAUGUGUUCAUAGUCCAUCCUUGAACAAUAUUGUCAGUCUUUUUGGUAAUGAUAUAAAACAAAUCUAAAGGGGAAGUUAUAACAUUUAUUAUCAGUACAGUAGUAUCUUUUUAAUAGAUUCAUGAUGUUGUGGCUGUGAAUGUAGUGUUUUACAUUGUUUUUGAUUUAAAUUAAAACGGACAGGAAAAAGCUGGUGCUGACAAAGUAAUCUACAGGAAGGUUUUGUUUUUUUGUUUUUGCCCGUCUACCACUACGUUGUUUUGGGAAGUCUGUUUUAUUCUCUUAUUUGUUGUCCCUUGUCUAAACGCUUGAUUUUGGUGUAAAGCCCUGAUGUUCCCUUUCCAGCUGUCUGUGAUUUUUGUCAUGUCUACAUUCUUGUUAUUUUGUAAUCUCUGGGUCAUAUAUCAGUUCAAUCUAUUUGAGAAACUCAGUUUCAUCUUGUAUACAGUUUAAAACCAAAUAAAAGGAAAAAAA